AUGCCAUCAAUCAGCCAUGACAAGCAGGAACAGUCGUUGAUGUUGAAGACUGGCGUCAAAGAGAUAAAACAGCAAGUUCGAACGCGAUCUAGAACCAAUUCGAGUAGUGAAGGAUCAACGAGUUCCGGAGUAACAUCUGAAGUAGGAAUGACACCCAAUGCCACUCCAAGAAACAAAUACACACACAUAACGAUUUUAAAGUCGCUUAACAACACGUUUGAAACUAAAAUACUGGUGGUGCCGUUCAAACCGGACGGUUUGAAACUGGGCCGUCCCAUCGCCAACUCGGCUCUGCCACAAGGCGCAAAACAAGAUUUACAAUCACAGGUAAGGCCCGAUAAUGGAAAUUUCGACUCGCGGGUGCUGUCCAGAAACCAUGCUUCUCUCAGUUGUGAGCCUUUUUCUGGGAAAAUAUACAUACGGGACUUGAAGUCGUCUAAUGGAACUUUUGUCAACGGGACUCGAAUUACGCAAAACGACGUGGAGCUUCAAGUGGGGGAUAUCAUCGAUCUGGGGACAGACAUUGAUGCAAAAUUCGAGCACCGUAAAAUCAGUGCCUUGGUAGAGGAUAUAUCUGUGAUCCCACUGAUACAUGACGAAGACGUGCUUUUCAACGGGAUCGACAGUGCACUGGGAGUGUCAGGUAACGGCAUACCCAGCAAAAACCAUGCCAUCGCUCCCAAUGCACAACGAGCUGCGUUUGCCGCGGCAAUGUUUGGAGACGUCAAUAACCUCGAUCUGGAAGGAUCAUUGUUGGGAUCGGAAACAGAAAUUUUAAGCGGGAUAUUCAUCAAUAACUCCAUUGGUACAAGUCCGAACCUCAUCAAUGUCAUCAAGACCCUAGUCACAGAAAUCUCGCUCGAGAAGCUCGAAUACGAGAAAAUGAAAUCCAUAGAGAGGUUCCUGGUUCAGUUUUCCAGCAGCUUUGAACAUAUCAAUAGGCUGCGAGUAGAGAAUAACGACCUACAACUCGUGCAGUUACAAAAUGCACUCAAACAGAAACUAAAUGAGAAACACGAAGCAUCGGCCCUGGCGCAUGUAGAGCGACUUGACGAGGCCAAACAGGAAAAUAAACUCUUGCGGAACCAAUUAGUGGAUGCAGAGAAGCAUGGGUCGGACGAAAUAGCGGGCUUGAAACGCGAAAUAGAAGAUCUCAAUACUAGACUCGAAGUAGAGAAAUUCAAGAACACCCAACUACGGAAAAACACAGAGGACAUAGGAGUGUCUACUAAGCGUAAUUCACGGGAAGGCCAGACGCUGAACAAAACCGAAAACCUUUCGAAAGACACGGGCGUAAAGAGAAACAGAUCUACCAUACUUUUAAGCGCCUUUACGAUAGGAGUUUUAGCUGCGGCAUUUCAAUACAGCUCAAAAAAAUGA